AUGCCAUCUCUACGAAUCGUGCUCGUGGCGACUUGCUUCGCUUCAGCCUUCGGUGGGGCGUGCACGCCGGUGGACUCGCUUUAUUGCCCAGUGAAUGAUGUCACAGAGCACGCUGAUAUCAACAAAGAUGUGAAACUCAUCAAGGAACCCGUUCUGAUCUCGGCAGUCUACACAGGUGGCAGCUUCUCCAAAGGAGGUGGCAUCAUGCGGACGCUGCAAGCCUUGGCUCAGAAGGACAUGACGGUCAAUGGCACACCAAUGUCUUCUUCUCGGGAGCGCUCGGGAGCGUUGGAUCUCUACGGAUCCAUGGAAUUUGGCACUACAUCAUCGCCUGCCUGGACAAUACGGGUUUUUGCGCAGGCGUCGUACGCUUCAGCUAGGCUGUGCCAGCUUUGCUGCACUCGGUGUAAGACUUGGUUGGCUUCAUGGAUCAGGUCGUUGUGCCUGCGUUGCAUUGUCACAACCGUUUCAUGCAGGAGAAGGAAACGUGAUGCCGUCGUAUUUGCACUUGUGAAUCUACCUUCAAUAGCAUCACGGCACGUUUGGGAAUCGUGGAAUUCAUAACCGCGGCUCUCAUCCUCUCCGACUGCUGAGUUCAUGCGGUUGGGCUCUGACAGGGUGAUGAUUCCUUCGCCACCUGCAUAAACUUCAGUGCGAUUGGCUAGCACGUUGUAAGCGUGCAUUAAUUCUGCUAAGAGGGCGCAUUGUUGCGGACUCUCUGUGCACAAAUUGCAAAUCGCUGGGAGUUGGCCCAACAGGCAUAUCCCUGAUGACGUAGUUCCGCUGCAAACGGAU